AUGGCCGCCAUUUCCCCGUCCUUCUUCCGCUACUUAAUCCCCCUUAGCAUCACUGCCUCAGUCAUCCAAUCCUCCCUCUACGACGUCAAAGGCGGUACGCGCGCCGUCAUCUUCGACCGGCUCAGCGGUGUCAAGGAAGAGGUGGUCAACGAGGGCACGCACUUUUUGGUCCCCUGGCUGCAGCGUGCGAUUGUGUAUGAUGUGCGCACACGGCCGAGGAAUAUAAGCACGACGACGGGGAGUAAGGAUUUGCAAAUGGUCACAUUGACGUUGAGGGUAUUGCAUCGACCGGAGGUUCGAGAGUUGCCCAGGAUUUACCAGAAUCUCGGUCUCGACUACGAUGAACGUGUCCUCCCCUCCAUCGGCAACGAAGUCCUCAAAUCCAUUGUCGCCCAAUUCGACGCCGCAGAACUCAUCACCCAGCGCGAAGCCGUCAGCAACCGGAUCCGUGCUGACCUCCUCAAGCGCGCCAACGAAUUCAACAUUGCCCUCGAAGAUGUCUCCAUCACGCACAUGACCUUUGGCAAGGAGUUCACCAAGGCGGUUGAGGAGAAGCAAAUCGCGCAGCAGGAGGCCGAGCGCGCGCGCUUCAUUGUGGAGAAGGCGGAGCAGGAGCGCCAGGCCAAUGUCAUUCGUGCAGAGGGCGAGGCCGAGGCGGCAGACACGAUUAGCAAGGCUGUGGCUAAGAGUGGUGAUGGCCUUGUGUUGAUUCGCCGAAUCGAGACGCAGAAGGAUAUCGCGCAGAUGUUGAGCCGGAAUCCAAAUAUCUCGUACUUGCCGGGUGGGAGCGGUGGUGAGGGUGGCAAGGGCGGAGGCGGCAACUUCUUGCUCGGCCUGAGGAGUUGA